AGCAUGAGGCGAUCUCAUCUCGACGCCGUUUCCAUCCAAGGCUACGAUUUUCGACCACGAGCCCGCCGUUCUGGCUGGGGGUUGCCUUCACUGGCAGAUCCUCACGGCUUCACGAGACAUACUACUCGAGUUUGAUCUGAAUAGCCGGAGGCUAGCGGUGACAACACUAUCAACGUCCAUGUUUACCACCCAGCAUUACGGGGUGAUUCGAGCAGAGGGUGGGAGGAUGGGUUUCAUCUUCGUGUCCGGCUUCACCGCCCAGUUAUGGAGGAGGGAUGCAGACUGUGAUUCAUGGGUGCCGGGAACAACUAUCCAACUGGACAAGUUACUCCCCCCAGAUUCACGGAAAGAACACCCAAGUAUGGUUGGGUAUGCCGAGGAAACUAAUGCGUUGUUCUUCGAGACUGUUGAUGGUGUCUUCAUGCUCCAUCUCGAGUCGCUGCAGCUCAAGAGGCUUUCCGAACUCAACAGCAUUCGUUGCCAUCACCCAUUCGAACUAGUGUAUACUCCAGCCAUUCACGAUGGACCUAAAGUUGUGAGGCACCAGCAGUUGACGCGAUGGUCACAGAUCACACAAUACAUGAAACGACUGCUCAGUUAAAUAUGCUAUUGUGAUGUAUUGAUUGAGCAGGCAAGCUUAUCUUCUGCAUGUAAGUUGAGGCAUCUGAACUUUUUCUUUUAUGAAAAUGUAUCACUUUCAUUGUUACCACAAUUUUUUGAGUGACAACUUGCAAACUAUGAUUCUGGUAGUGCGGCCUCUUUUCCCUGUAGCUUCUCAGAGGACUGAUGACUUAUGACCUUCCCCUGUUCAUUUCCUUUUCUGUGCAUAUGUUAUUGCCAUCUCAUAAAUUAGAAUGUUGUCGAAACAUACUUCCUCUUAUGUGUGCUUCAUGAAAAACUUGAAUAUGCUUUUCUCCGUUGAUGGUUCUUGUAAUUGGGGGCUGGUGGAUUGUCUGAUUGCAAUCAGUUUGAGUGACAAUUCAGUACAUUAUAAAAUUUGAGAGACCAUAAUCUAGUUGCCAGAGUGAAAGCCAUUCCUAUGAUGAGUAUCUUCUUGUUCCCUUAACCCGAAUUUCUAAACAAACCAGAUAAUAUCCUUGGUGCUGAAACUUCUUUUGUUAUCAAAAUUUUCUAUGGACUAAAAAGGAAUCAUAUAUAUUUGCUUUCUUAUCAUCUCCCACAUUUUCACAUUUCCUUUGCACCCCUUUGGCUUAACAAAUCUUGACAAGGAAACUUCUGCAAACUAAUU